AUGGGAGGGGGAGUGGGAGCCGCCCCCGCCCCGCCCCCCGCCGGGAUCCCCGCAGCUCCGGGCCCCGCAGCCCCAGGCGCCCAGACGACGGCAGCCCCGGGGACCCCCGCACCCCCCGCCCGGAGCCAGGCGGACAAACCGGUGCUGGCAACCCAAGUUCUGGGCACUGUCAAAUGGUUCAACGUCCGAAAUGGUUAUGGAUUCAUCAACAGGAAUGACACCAAGGAGGAUGUCUUUGUCCACCAGACAGCCAUUAAAAGAAACAACCCUCGGAAGUUUCUGCGCAGUGUUGGGGAUGGGGAAACAGUGGAGUUUGAUGUCGUGGAAGGAGAGAAGGGUGCAGAAGCUGCUAAUGUGACUGGUCCAGGGGGGGUACCAGUGAAGGGCAGUCGCUAUGCUCCCAACCGACGCCGUUUUCGUAGAUUUAUUCCCCGGCCACGCCCUGCUGCACCCCCACCCCUGGUGGCAGAGGCCCCUACAGGGGUAGCAGAGCCAGGUAGUGAAGGGGAAAGGGCUGAGGACCCCAGUCAGCGACCUCGCCGACGCCGUCCACCCCCCUUCUUUUACCGACGACGUUUUGUCAGGGGCCCUCGGCCCUCCAACCAGCAGCAGCCUAUGGAGGGUACAGAUGGGGUAGAGCCCAAAGACCCAGCCCCCUUAGAAGGGGACCAACAGCAGGGAGAUGAACGGGCACCUCCACCCAGAUUCCGGCCCAGAUAUCGAAGGCCUUUCCGUCCUCGUCCUCCACAGCAGCCCACCACAGAAGGUGGAGAUGGAGAAACCAAACCUAGUCAGGGUCCCACAGAUGGCUCAAGGCCUGAGCCCCAGCGCCCACGAAAUCGUCCUUACUUUCAGCGUAGGAGGCAACAACCUCCUGGUCCCCGGCAGUCUUCAGCCCCUGAGGCUGAUAACAAAGAGCCAGUACCCCCGGGCCCACCCCCAGCAGGUGCCCCUACCCAUCAGGAGACCCCAGCGGAGGCAGUCAAGCCCAUGCCACCCCCUGCGGACACACCUUCCCAGCCCCGCUUGGAGCCACAGCACCAGCUUGUGGAUACCUCAACCCCCAUAACCAGUGGGGACUCCCCUACCACCUUACUGGAGUGAUUCCAACUAGGGGGACAACUAGAGCAGCUAUCUGGUAUCUGCCGACUUUUUCCAACUGCUCCUUCCCUGUCUCCCUCCCUCUCCCCUCCAAAAAAAAAUCCAUGACAUUGAAACAGCGGCCUUCAC